GUGACCAGAGGUUCGUUGCCCAACCUAAACCUCAACCUUCCGUCUGAGUUGUCAGUGUUUGCUGUGGAAACACUGUAGUGACAAAUCAUAACAUAUCGGGCCUCCAUAAUGACCUUCCUCUGGCCGUGCUUGACCUGAGACAUAAAACAGUACGAGACAAAGAUCUUCUUCACUUCUGAGUGCACCAUCCAUAACGUAGCUACGACUCUGUCCUCAAGUCAGAUCUAUGACUCCUCCUAGAUUGGUGGCAAUGUCGUGACCGUUCGAAGCGGAAGUAAGCCAGCCAUAAUUCAUCUAUUUAUAGAACCACCAGUAUUGUUUUCACGUCCACCUGAGCAAAAAUGGCACUAAUCACUCUAGACCGAUCUAUAUCAUCGCGGUCUUUCUCAUCGCCUCUAUCAUCGAAUCUCCGAGCUUUCAUUGUAAUAGUGCAGAUUACCAUUUUGUUGACUUGCCUCCCCCUUGCCUCGGGAUUUUUUGGAGAGUGGGGUCCUGAUCUUGAGGGCCCCUGGUGCGCAAAGAGGCCCCUCGACUCUCAAUGCUGUGACGGUCGGGACGACUACUGUGGCGUCCCCAUCCUGGGCACGGAAUGUUAUUGCGACAUCUUCUGUAACGAGACGGCUUACGACUGCUGUCCGGACUACUGGCAACACUGCCACGGUCACUUCAGGCCCACCACCACCCCCAGGCCCACCACACUGCCCACGCCGCGGCCCGUCAGGGCGUUGUGACCGAGGAGUGCUACCCCUACACAAGUGGGCUCACUGAUAGUGCCGGGCAGUGCCUUGUCUCUCCCAAGCAGAAGAGCGGGGCGUGUCCCAGCGGCAUUAUGUACAAACGCAAAAGAUACAAGGCCACGCCCCCCUACAGGAUCCGACCAGUUGAGAGAGAAAUUAUGAAAGAAAUUAUGGACAAUGGCCCUGUGCAAGCAACGCUGUUGGUCCGUGAGGAUUUCUUCAUGUACAGACGCGGCAUCUACAGCUACUCGGACCUGACCUCUCGACGAGGUGACCCCGAGACUUACCUGAAGUCUGGAUUCCACUCAGUCCGGAUUAUUGGAUGGGGAGCUGAGAGAACAGAGCGUGGAGACAUCAUCAAAUACUGGCUAUGCGCAAACUCGUGGGGACCUGAGUGGGGCGAGUCUGGGUACUUCCGCAUCCUCCGAGGCAGCGACGAGAGCAGAAUCGAACGCUAUGUGGUCGGCGUGUGGGGCAAGGUCUCUGGCGACGACGUCCUCAGACUCUUGUUGAAGGAGAGCCGGAGGAGGAGACUCAGAACUCGAAGAAGCAGACGGCAAUUACGUCAUAUUAGGACACGCGGCAGUCGGCGUAGAGACAGACGUCGGCGCAUGCGCGCUCUCAAGGAAGCCUUCCUAGCGACAAGGCCUAAUGACAGCCGAGGGCAUCGACAGUCUAGCACCUCCAGCAGACGCCGUCGCGAGAGGGGGCAUGGGUCUAAAAAACACAAGAAAAACAAGAACAAGAAGACACAGCACCGGAACCAGCAAAACUUCUAUCCAUCUCAACCAAUGGUUAUGUAGGCAACAGAUAGCGCAAUAAGAAUAAUAUUAUUAUCACUAUUAUGUUCGAUAGACCUAGGAUGUAUGACUAGGUAGAUAAUUUUUGUAAUGAAUUACCGAGUGUUUAUUAUUGCUAAAAUGGCAUAUUGUGUAUGGAUAUAUGUAGUUUGAUAUGUCACCACUCAUGUUUAUAUUAUGCACUUUUCUUUUUUUUUCCCUCGAAUCAUGUAACUUCAUUUUCCCAAUUGUCGGUCAGCAGGCAUGAGUUCGCCUGAACGAAAGGCUUAACUGAAACUUU